GGCUCCAAGUUUUUUCUCUCUCUCUCUCUCUCUCUCUCUCUCUCUCUCUAUGAUGGCGGACAUGGUUUCGCUGGCGAAGCGCUACUCUGCUCCUGUUGCUCUCCUCAUCCUGGCUAUCUUUUGGCAGCUCCUCAUCCUUCCUUCUUCUUUUCCUCAUUCACAUUACGAUGCCAUUGGGGUUAAACGUUUCAGCUCUAUUGAAGAAGUUAGCGAAGCAUAUGGGAGGCUAUUGUCUGAAUGGAAUUCCGGCAAGGUGGUGCCCAAAAUAGAUGACUUUAUUAAGGCUCGUUAUGCCUUCGAGUUGUUGACCAAUCCAGUGUGGAAAAGGAACUAUGACACUUUUGAUAUCGAGGAACAAUUGCAUGUUGUUAACAAUGCUAAAAAGUAUGGAGACAGCUUUUCAAGCGUUGACCUGCCAUUGUUGGAGUCAUCUUCUUUUGACCCCACAGAUGAUACUUCUACCAUCCUCACUGCUGAAAACUUCAAGUCAAUGCUUGGCCAGAGUGGUGCAUGGCUCAUUCAGAUUCAUUCUUUUGGAAGCAUCAAUUCUGCGCAGUUUUCUGGAAGUUGGAAGAGAAUUGCUCAUCUGCUUGAUGGAGUUGCGGAAACUGAUGUUGUGGAGCUUGGUGAAGUUGAGCUUGCAAAAUACCUCGCCGAGAAAAGCAAAACCACUGGGAAACCUUUCUUUCGACGGGGUCUUCCUUCACUCAUUGCCUUUCCUCAUGGUUGUAGAAGCUCAGAAUGUCUUAUUCGGUACCAAGGAGAUCUUUCAGUGGAUGCUGUUGUAGAUUGGAUGACGACAAUCGUACUUGGGUUGCCUCGUAUUCUUUACUACUCUAAGGAGUCAUUGGUGCAAGAUUUCAUUAUGAAGGCUGGUUCUCAUAAGGCAAAAGUUAUAGGCUUCUCCAAAACUGGGGAACGUGCUGCUCCUUUUUUGCGCCAGGCAGCAAAGGACUAUUGGGCUUAUGCUUCUUUUGGAUUUGUGCUGUGGCGCGAAGAACUUUCUUCCAUUUGGUGGAACAUGUUUGAGGUGGAAUCUGCUCCAGCACUUGUCUUUCUAAAAGAUCCUGGUGUAAAGCCUGUUGUUUACCAUGGAGCUCUUAAUAGCUCAAGCUUUUUAAGUAUCAUUGAGCAAAACAAACAUCAAGUGCUCCCCCAGCUUAGGAGUGUUACUUCUAAGGAGCUGGGUUGCGAUGCUAGGGGUUACUCUCGUGCCGGGAAUCACACAACAACCUGGUAUUGUGUGAUUCUUGCUGGAAGACUUAGCCCAGAACUUAAUCAAAUGCGUGAAACCAUGCGCAGGGUCCAAGAUAUAUUGUCAGAUGAAAUUGCCACAGACAUUUCUGACAAGGAUGAUUUUCCAGUCCCACAACUUGCUGUCCAAGCUCUACAAGACAAACGGUUGACUUUUGCAUGGUUGGAUGGAGAAGCCCAAAAAAAAUAUUGUUUUUUCUAUCUUUAUUCGGAGUAUGGUUAUGAAACCUGUGGCCCUCGAAGAUACGACGAUCCUGUUGAUGUACCACAACUAUUUAUUGUACGCUAUAGCCAGAAUUCUUCAAAAGUUGCUGUAAAGGUUGAGAGACCUGCGAAAACAAUUUGGGAUACAUUACGAGAGGAGGAAGAAGAUCAUCUGGCAUCACAGCUUGUGGCUAGAUACAAUGGUUCGAGUGUAAUUCCAUCUAUUCUGGAAUGGAUCUCACAGAUUAUCAAGGAUGGAGACUCUAAAAAUUUACCCUUCUUUAGGAUGAAGACUCCAGAACUUAUUCCUGAGGAUGCUAACCCGCUCUGGUCCAAAGGGGCUGAAGGGAUUGUGUCCACAAGCAAAUCAAUUAAGUUAAAAUUACAGAGCAUUGGUACGGAUAUUUAUGAUCGAAUGAGAGAUCCAAGGGUGGGGCCCAUCUUGCUACUAGUGGCAUCUUUGUAUUUUGGCACCAUCUGGCUGCAUGCCAGCGAGUCAAUUCAGCAGGGUAAAAAGGACAUCAGCGGGGAUUCUACCAAAGAUCAUACAAGGGCAAGAGUUAAUUCUGAACGGCCUGCAUCCAUUACUGACAUAGAACCCAAAGAUGCACAUCAAAUGGUCACAACAGACUCUGACUCCAAUUAACUACCACUAAUCCGAAGUAGGACCUAUCAUUCCUCACGGGAAACAAAAUAUGUCGUGAGGUUUGGAAUCUAGGAAAUCAACUCCUCGGUGAGGUUAAAUUGGAGCUUCCUUCACAUGUAUAUCAUGAGAUAGUAUUUAUGUGGGUAAAUUUUUUAUUUUUUAUUUUUUUUGCAAUAAUUAAUUUAGGUUUUUAGAUAUCUUUCAAUGGGAAAGAUAGAAUUAUUGAACAAAUUUAUGAUAUCUAGAAUUGGAAAUUUUAUCUAUUUAUAAUUAUUUGACUAAAAAUAUGUGAUUUGUAGCAAAUUACUUUGAAUGAAAUAAAUAUGGCUUU